CACGUUACUUCCUGGAUGGAUGGAAGAAUGGAAAGCUUCCAGCAUCUCUCCACCACCAACACCGACUCUCCCCUCUCUGUGUACACGACGAGCGCUGCCUCAGCAGCCGCAGGAGCGACGGCGCGCUGGGUGGACCGCCGCUGCCUCUUCUAACCGCUAUUCCCUUACUGCGUAUUCUCGCUCCUUCAUAACCACCAGUAUCUGAAUGCUAUGUUUAUAUUCUGGAAUAUUGUGCGGAUUCUGGGACGGAAUGACUCUUCACUGGACCUAUAACUAAUUUUUCCGCCCACGACCUCCACCGUGCCCAGUCUCCGUCUGCGCUGCGUCUCCGGUGCUGCUUUUUACGCAGCGAAGGCGUGCUGAUUUGACCGCAAAAGGGAGAAACUCAACAGUUGCUGCUGCUUAUUGUUUGCAUGUUUGCGUGUCUAUUCCUACCAUGUGGAGGCUACUGUUAUCGUGUUGUGGCUGCUGGUGGAUUGUCUCUCUCAUUGUGCCAGCCUUCGUGCUCCUCUGGGCCGACUGUUAUCCUGUGCUGACAGGAAGUCAAGUUGAGUCCCCAGCCCCUAUCCAAAGUUUUCAUAGAGCCAUGACCAGCAGGACACGUCUCCGGAGAGCCGUCACUGAGGAAACCUACUGGGCCUACUCAGGUAUAUAUGGGCCAGAUGAGGGCUGGGCAUCUGCCUACCCAGAAUGCAGAGAGAGAAACCAGUCACCAAUUAACAUUGUGGACCAGGAUGCUAAGGUAUCCACUGAGUAUCAGGAACUGACACUGGAGGACUUUGACAAUGAAUCCUCUAAUAAGACAUCCAUGAAGAACACUGGCAAAACAGUGGCCAUUAUGUUGAAGGAUGAUUACUUUGUUAGGGGAGCAGGCCUACCAGGGAGGUUUAAGGCAGAAAAAGUGGAGUUUCAUUGGGGUCCGAGCAAUGGAUCUGAGGGCUCUGAACACAGCAUCAAUGGCCGGCGUUACCCUGUGGAGAUGCAGAUCUACAUGUAUAACUCAGACGACUUCGAUAGCCUCAGCGCAGCACUCAGGGAGAGGAGGAUCAUCGCAGCCAUGGCUGUGUUUUUUCAGGUGGGAGGGAAGGACAAUCCUGCUGUUGACCCCAUAAUCCAUGGUCUGAAGGGUGUGGUCCAUCAUGAAAAAGAGACAUUUCUGGAGCCAUUUGUGCUGAAGGAUCUGCUUCCAUCCUCAUUAGGAAGUUACUAUCGUUACACCGGCUCUCUGACAACUCCACCCUGCAGUAAAGUAGUUGAGUGGAUCAUCUUCAGCAGACCUGUCUAUGUGUCAUACAAACAGUCCAGCUUCUCAAAUUGCCCCAAGGACAUCCUGAUGCAGGUCCAAGAAUGA